GAAGAAAUGAAGGAAUAAAAGUACAUUUAAAUUUAAGAGAUUUUGGCAUGCAUGAAAGCCGUAUAUGCAUUGACAUUAGUUCUUUCAUAACCAAGUAUCGAGUAUUUCAUUAGAUAUGUGUGCAUUACGAUGCUGCGUGUUUUGUGCCUUGUAUAUAUUUACGGGUUUGGAAUCCAGUUACGUAUGUGCACUACAAACAGUCCCCGUUGUGAUGUGGCACGGAAUGGGAGAUUUCUGUUGCAACCCUCUAAGUCUGGGAUACGUGAAGAAGUUAAUCGAGAAGGAAAUACCCGGCAUUUAUGUAAAAUCGUUGAAAAUCGGCAGCACUGUUGCGGAGGAUAUUGAACAUGGUUACUUUAUGAAUGUUAACAAACAAGUUGAAGACGUAUGCAAACAACUGCAAGCCGACCCUAACCUUUCAGGUGGCUACAAUGCUAUUGGUUUCUCUCAAGGUGGUCAGUUUUUACGUGCGGUUGCCCAGCGUUGCCCAGUGCCUAGAGUCAAGAACCUCAUUUCAGUAGGCGGACAGCAUCAAGGAGUUUUUGGUGUGCCAAACUGUAGCACUUUGAAGCAUAAAUGGUGCAGUUAUAUUAGCAAGAUUCUCACAUAUGCUGCAUACGAAAACUGGGUGCAGAAUGAAUUUGUCCAAGCCCAGUACUGGCACGACUCCCUCAAAGAAGAACAAUAUCGCAGCGCAAGUGUUUUCCUAGCCGACAUCAACAAUGAACGAAGCAAUAAUACGACUUACAAGGAAAAUUUACUUCUUGUUGAAAAUUUUGUAAUGAUAAAGUUCAAUAAUGACACAGUUGUAGAACCUAAAGAAACUGAAUGGUUCGGUUUCUAUAAACCAGGUCAAAUUUCAGAGUUCUUCACAUUACAGGAGAGUGAUCUAUACAAGAAAGAUUUGUUAGGCCUUCGUCAGUUAGAUGAAACUGGAAGACUUAAGUUUCUUUCUGUGGAUGGAAAUCAUUUACAGUUUACCGAAGAGUGGUUCAUUGACAACAUUGUAAAGAAUUAUUUACUAAAUAAAUUAGUUCCGUAAGUUCAUAUCUCCAUAAAGGCACACUAUAUAAAUAAAAAAAAUUUGUGCAUUAAAAAUUGUAAAUCAUUUUACUUCAAUGAGUUUUUA